GAUGUUAUAAGACAGGAACAACUGGAGAGAUUGAAAGAAGCUCAGAAUACCAAUAUUAAAGUGUGCAUUGAUUUAAGAUAUGAGGAUUAUAUGAAUGAAAAGGAAGUAAAUCACUUAUCAAACCAGUUGAAGCGUGUAUACAGCGCUAAUAAAACUUCCGAACGACCAUUUAAUUUGUUCUUCACAAACCUUCAGGAGGAUGGACUCAUCAACAGGACCUGCUGUGCGAAGGUUGAUGGGUUCAGGAGUUACAUCAUCAACUUCAAGGAGAACCCAGUAACGGAGUUGUUUGAUUCUAAGGAUCUAGUUUACCUCUCUCCAGAUGCGGAGAAUACUCUUCAAAAUCUGGAUCCAAAGAAGGUUUAUGUCAUAGGAGGCCUUGUGGAUGAUAGUGUUAAAUCACAGGUUUCCCUAAAUCUAUGCCAGAGUUUAAACCUGCAGUGUUAUAAACUACCAAUAGAUGAGUUUAUGGAGAGAGGGGAGACUGGAACUUAUAAACAAAUUCUUACAAUUAACCAGAUAUUUGAAAUCUUGCUAAAAUUUUACGAAACAGCUGACUGGAAGCAAGCCCUAGCUGCCGGGGUUCCCCCUAGAACAGGGUUUAUUAUAAAACAAUAAUAUUUCAGA